UUAAAAUCUGCACUAGAAUUUAAACGAACCCACUGCUCUCUCCCAUGCAGUACACUUUCUUCUUCAAUUAGCUUACAAGUUACAACACUUGAGGCAUUGUUCCAUGCAUUUCCUUUUCUCUUCCUCGUCUAACCCCUCAAUUUUCUCUUGCAAACAAUUCUAAACAUCUUGAAGUAACUAGCUAGUAAAUUUUACAAGCAUAGAAAAAUGUCUAGCCGAAGAUCUCGUUCCGGACAAUCAUCAGGGGCUUCUAGGAUAAGUGAUGCUCAGAUUGCUGAUCUUGUUUCCAAGUUGCAACAACUUAUUCCUGAGAUUGCUAAUCGCCCCACCGGCUCUGCCCAGGUUUCAGCUUCAAAAGUGCUGCAGGAGACUUGUGAGCAUAUAAGAAACUUGCGUAAAGAAGUGAGCGAUUUGAGCGACAGAUUAUCACAACUCUUGGAGUCUAUAGACAGCAACAGUGCUCAAGCAGCUGUCAUAAGGAGCUUGCUUAUGUAAAAGAAGUAUUAUCUGAUCUUGAGUUUAUAAUUAUAUAUAAUUAAUAAUGGCUUCUGAAUUUCA